AUGACCGCGAGGCUUGAGCAGUUCCGGAAAUCAAUGAACGGGUUGACGGGGCGUGAGAGGGACGGUGCGGGGGACGGAGGAAGACGCUGGCAGGACGCGACGCGCUCUUCCCUUGUCGAGCCAAAUGGGCGCUUACAUGCCGUUGUCGCGACCAUGGUGUUGGUGGGCCGCCCUUUCCCGCGCAUACUCUCCUCCCGUUUCCACUCCGCCUCGUCCCUCUGGGCACCCCGCCGCACUCUCAAGGAGUUUAAGCUCGCCGAUAUUGGAGAGGGCAUUACCGAGUGCGAGGUCAUCAAAUGGAGCGUCAAGCCUUCGAGUUCCAUAACCGUCUUCGAUCCCCUCUGUGAGGUGCAGAGCGACAAAGCCACUGUCGAGAUUACCAGUCCCUUCGAUGGCACCGUCAAGGAGCUUCUCGUCAAGGAGGGCGACGUAGCCAAGGUCGGCUCGGGUCUUUGCACCAUCGAGGUUGAAGAAGAGGACUCGGGCGACGCCCCGAGUCCGGCUCACGCUACAACCCCGCCCGCCCCAGUGUCUCCAACGUCAGAAUCUACACCGGAACCCCCGACUGCAAUUGAACAGCAAGCCCCUUCCGCGACAUUCAAGGCCAAGCUACACCCGCUAGAUCCCAGAGCAGCUACCCAGGCUUCCGCGUCCACCGGUCUGUCUCAUACAGACAUCCUGGCUACACCCUCUGUCCGCCACUUUGCUCGCCAGCACAACAUCGACCUCUCUCUCCUUGCACCAGGGAGCGGCAAGAACGGCAGGAUUGAUAAGCGUGAUGUCGAGGCUUUCCUGGCCAGGUCCGCAUCACCACCCUCCGACACUCCAUCGGCACCCGCUGCUGCCGCUGAUGUGGAUACCAUCAUUGAGCUCGGACGCACUCGGUUUGGUAUGUGGAAGGCAAUGACAAAGAGCUUGGAGAUCCCUCAGUUCGGAGUCUCCAUGAGCAUGGACCUCACUGCGCUGCACAACAUGAUGCCUGUGCUAAACGCGAACAUACCCACUCGAUACCUCCCGGAUACUAGCUCUUCUGCCAGCGCGCCUGUCAUCUCGCCGUCGGCUUUUUACGAGCAAGCAGCGCUGUCCCCUGUCCCGCCAUCAGCUACCUACACCCGCCUCACGUUCCUCCCCAUCCUCAUGAAAACGCUCUCAAAAGCCAUGGCAGAAUGGCCCCUCUUCCGGUCGUCCAUCGUUCCGUCCUCGUCGCCCUCCGGUAAGCCAGCCAUGGGCAUCCGUCCGCACGCCGACAUCAGCAUCGCGCUCUCAACACCGACUGGGCUCUACACACCGACUGUCCAGCGCGUCGACACACACUCCGUGUACGCGCUCGCGUCGCAGCUCAAGCACCUCGCGCACCUUGGCCGUCAAUCCCCGUGCGCGCUCACGCCCGCGGAGAUGCCGAAGCAGGGCGGCACGAUCUCUCUCUCGAACGUCGGCGGCGUCGGGGACGUAGAGUACGCGUCGCCGGUGCUCGUGCCCGGCGGCGGCGUCGCCAUCGUCGCGAUUGGGCGCGCGAGGUGGAUUUGGGACGUCAAUAGGGGCGAUGGGAAGGGCGAGCGGCGGCUCAAGGUCAGUGUGAGCUGGAGUGCCGAUCACAGAGUCGUCGAGGGUGCAGAGUUGGUCGCUUUUGUGGAGACAUGGAGGUCAUGGAUUGAGACACCAGAGAGACUGAUAGGAGAUGCUGUGUAGAAUAAAAUAGUCCAAUUGACAACGUCUCAGGUGUUGGGCCC